ACUUAUUUUGGGAUAUUGUGAAAAUACCUUCAUCUCUGGAGAAGAACUCAUUAGUUUAUCAAUAAGACUCUGAAAGCACAUGUUGAAGGUGGAACCGAUAUUGUCUUUUUUGUUUGUAGGAAAGACAGUUUUGUGAUGAGUGCUAAAAUAAUUAUGAAAAUAGUUAUCUUUGGUACUAAUAGGUCUUUGUGUGACUUUUACCUUAGUAUAAUAAAAGUUAAUCAUUUGGGAUACAGACAGAAAGAUUUGAUACACAUUGCAAUAACUUUUCAAAUAUUUUAAGGACCAUCUAUAGAACUGCGCCAAAGAAAAAAGCCAAAAUCUUCAGAAAAUAAAGAAUCUGCCAAAGAAGAGAAAAUUGAUGACACUCCAGUUCCUGAAAGAGCUCCAAAACAUGUAUUAUUUCAGCGCUUUGCAAAGAUUCUCAUUGGCUGUCUUGCAGCAGUUACUAGCGGUAUGAUGUAUGCUCUCUAUUUGUCAGCGUACCAUGAGCGGAAAUUCUGGUUUUCCAACAGGCAGGAGCUUGAACGAGAAAUCACAUUCCAGGGUGACAGUGCCAUUUAUUACUCUUAUUAUAAAGAUAUGUUAAAGGCACCUUCAUUUGAAAGAGGUGUUUAUGAACUGACACAUAAUAACAAAACUGUAUCUCUGAAGACUAUAAAUGCAGUGCAACAAAUGUCUCUAUAUCCAGAACUUAUAGCCAGUGUUUUAUACCGAGCAACUGGUAGCAACGAGAUUAUUGAGCCAGUAUAUUUCUAUAUUGGUAUUGUUUUUGGAUUGCAAGGAAUAUAUGUUACCGCUUUAUUUGUUACAAGUUGGCUUAUGAGUGGAACCUGGCUAGCAGGAAUGCUUACUGUUGCAUGGUUCAUUAUUAACAGGAUGGAUACAACAAGAAUUGAAUACUCCAUUCCUUUAAGAGAAAACUGGGCACUACCAUAUUUUGCAUGCCAAAUUGCUGCACUUACCGGCUAUUUAAAAAGCAACUUAAAUACUUAUGGAGAGAGGUUUUGCUACUUAUUGAUGAGUGCUUCAACUUACAUGUUUAUGAUGAUGUGGGAGUACAGCCACUACCUCUUGUUUCUUCAAGCAAUAUCUCUGUUUUUGCUAGAUAAUUUUUCACUGGAGCAAAGUGAUAAGGUUCAUGAAGUUUAUAAAAUCUAUAUAUUUUCUCUGUUUCUGGGAUAUUUACUGCAGUUCGAGAAUUCAGCUUUAUUGGUGUCUCCUUUAUUAAGUUUAGUAGUAGCCUUAAUGCUUGUUAAGUGCCUUCAGCUAAAUGUGAAGAAAAGAACUUUCGUAGCUAAAAUAAUGAAAUUUAUUAAUUUUUAUUUGGUGUGUACUCUGACAGUGACAUUGAAUAUUAUAAUGAAGACAUUUGUCCCACACAAAGAAAAUGGGCACAUGCUGAAAUUCCUUGAAGUGAAACUUGGACUAAAUAUGACUAAGAAUUUCACAAUGAAUUGGCUCCUAUGUCAAGAAUCCCUACAGGCACCAUCUCAAGAAUUUUUUUUGCGAUUGACACAGUCUUCUUUACUUCCUUUCUAUAUUUUAGUGUUAAUUAUUUGUUUUCUUUCUAUGAUGCAAGUUAUUUUUAGGAGAAUUAAUGGUGAGUCCCUGAAAGAAACUGUUACUCUUGAAGAUGGGCGAAUUGGAGAAAGGCCAGAAAUAAUUUAUCAUGUGAUUCACACUAUUUUUUUUGGUUCUCUUGCAAUGAUUAUAGAAGGCUUGAAAUACCUCUGGACUCCUUAUGUGUGCAUGUUAGCAGCAUUUGGUGUUUGUUCUCCUGAACUUUGGACGACGCUUUUCAAGUGGCUUCGAUUACGAACUGUACACCCAGUGUUGUUG